GCUUCCGUACGGCUGGCUUCCAUAGUGACGGAUAAAACAACCCAAACUAAACCCACUAAACCACACAACACUAGAUUACCCACAUGUAACUCCACAAGCCCGUUCCUUCCAUAUUCUGACAAGUUGGAGGAGACUUUGCACAGCAGGGAGCCAUCAUGUCCUUCAGAGACUUAAGAAACUUCACUGAGAUGAUGCGGGCGCUGGGAUACCCCCGGCUGGUCUCCAUGGAGAACUUCCGGACCCCCAACUUCGGUCUGGUAGCGGAGAUCCUCAUCUGGCUUGUGAAGAGCUACGAGCCCCAGAUGGACCUGCCCAGUGACGUGGAAACAGAGUCGGACCGGGUCUUCUUCAUCAAGGCUGUGGCCCAGUUCAUGGCUACCAAGGCCCACAUCCGGCUGAACACCAAGCGCCUGUACCAGGCGGAGGGCUACGCGGUCAAGGAGCUGCUGAAGAUCAGCUCGGUGCUCUACAACGCCAUGAAGACCAAGGAGCUGAGCGGCCAGGAGGCGGGCCAGGAGGAGAGCAGCCGGUUCAAGUUUGACCUGGGCUCCAGGGUGUCUGAACUAAAGGAGGCACGACGAUUGGCGUCUGAGAUUACAGCUAAGGGGGCGUCGCUCUACGACCUCCUGGGUGAGGAGGCGGAGCUACGCGAACGGCGAGCCGCAGCCAUCGCAAGACCGCUGGAGAUCAACGAGACGGAGAAGGCCCUGAGAGCUGCCAUCAAGGAGGUCCAGGGCAGUGUGGAGAACAGCAAGGAGAUGCUGGGGAACGUGGCCUCGGAUGAGGUCAGUCUGGAGGGCAAGAUCGAGAAGAAGAGGCAGGACCUGGAGAGGAACCGGAAGAGACUGCAGACCUUGCAGAGUGUGAGGCCGUCCUUCAUGGACGAGUACGACAGGAUGGAGGUCGAUCUCCAGAAGCUCUAUGAGACGUACGUGGAGAAGUUCAGGAACCUCAGCUUCCUGGAGGCCCAGCUGGACGACUACCACCGCCUGGAGCAGGACCGCCUGGAGGAAGCUGAGAACACCCUGAGGACCAUUCAGCUGAAACUACGAGAGGAGGAGAGGAAGUUGAUCAGGAGUGGCUUGAAGGACGGCGACUCGGACAUGGAGAUCCUGGACGACGAGGGGUCCGACAGCGACAUCGACGACUGCAGACCCCCUAAACCACGGCCCGCCAAGCCACGAGCCGAGAGGAGUCCCGCAGAAGAAGGGAGGGGCGGGGCUCAUUACGUGGGGACCAUGCAGGGCGGCGACAGUGAGGAGCGGGGCAGCGCUCCGGCUGAGCGCUCGUUGGGUCGCGGCCGCCCGCGAAGAAGAGGAGGAGAGGUUUGUUCAGUCAGGGCCAGGACUCCGUCACCCUUAGGAUCUACACCUGUAGCUCCUUGUCCUCCACCCUUAGGAUCCACUCCUGUAGUCCCUGGUCCUCCACCCUUAGGGAGCACCCCUGUAGCCCCUGGUCCUCCACCCUUAGGAAGCACACCUGUAGUCCCUGGUCCUCCACCCUUAGGAAGCACACCUGUAGUCCCUGGUCCUCCACCCUUAGGAAGCACACCUGUAGCCCCUGGUCCUCCACCCUUAGGGAGCACCCCUGUAGCCCCUGGUCCUCCACCCUUAGGAAGCACACCUGUAGCCCCUGGUCCUCCACCCUUAGGAUCUACACCUGUAGUCCCUGGUCCUCCACCCUUAGGAUCUACACCUGUAGUCCCUGGUCCUCCACCCUUAGGAUCUACACCUGUAGCCCCUGGUCCUGCACCCUUAGGAUCUACACCUGUAGCUCCUUGUCCUCCACCCUUAGGAUCCACACCUGUAGCCCCUGGUCCUCCACCCUUAGGGAGCACACCUGUAGCCCCUGGUCCUGCUCCCCUCCCAUAGGUUCCAGCCCUCCACCCUUCAGUUACGACUGUAGGAAGUAAGAGUGCUUACUUGACAGGCAGACCCAACGUAGGACCCCUUCUAGACAGUAUGUCAACUAGCACAGGCUUCAUGGCCCCCCGUGUCAGAGAAGCAUGUCCCAUGAGGCCGUGCACCGAUAGGACAACAGAGCAGAGGGGCAUCCGUCAACCUAGGGACAAAGGUCAGAGGUCGCGGGUUGAAGGUGGUCUUCCACCAGCUCGGUUCCCCCAGACCCCCCCCCGUCUCUAAGCGUGGGCUCUCCGCUCCCCCUGCAGACGGAGGAGGACUUUGACGUGGAGGAGGAAGACGAGGAGGAGGAGGACGAGGAGGAGGCCAACGAGGAGCUGGACGAUGAUGUCAGUCUAGAGGGCCCCGCCCCCUCCAGGCCCUCCAGGGGGGGAGGGGGGAGCCCCCAGCUGCUCGAGAGCGACAACGACUUCUGAGUGCAUUAUUGUGUACUCGUAUGUUCCAACUGUAUACAUGUUUACAGCACGCACACCGAGACAGCGAUCAGAGCUCCGGUCAGGGGCCAGAGACCCAGCUUUACAUAAUGCUUCAAAAUGUUACAUGUUACAUCUCUGAAUGCGUUCAGCUUCAUAGUUUCAUACUUCUCCUCAUGUGUUCAUGUCGACGGUUUGUACACUUAACGCGUUCAUAUUUAUGGUUUUAUGAACGUAAUCCUUUUCUGUAGCCACAUUUCAACUAAAAUAAACAACCUGCUGUUUCUCUUA